GCUUUGGGCCCAGGUUCCCUCUUGCAUCCCCGUGCCGCUUCACUCGAAGUGAUGCAGUGGGCCGUGGGCCGGCGAUGGCUGUGGGUUGCGCUGUUUCUGGCUGCCGUGGCGGUUCUAACCCAAAUCGUGUGGCUCUGGCUGGGCACGCAGAACUUCGUCUUCCAGCGCGAAGAAAUCGCGCAGCUGGCGCGGCAGUACGCUGGUCUGGACCACGAACUGGCCUUCUCUAAGCUGAUCGUGGAGCUGCGGCGGCUGCACCCGGGACACGUACUGCCCGAUGAGGAGCUGCAGUGGGUGUUCGUGAACGCGGGCGGCUGGAUGGGCGCCAUGUGCCUUCUGCAUGCCUCGCUGUCCGAGUAUGUGCUGCUCUUCGGCACCGCCCUGGGCUCCCGCGGCCACUCGGGCCGCUAUUGGGCUGAGAUCUCCGACACCAUUAUCUCUGGCACUUUCCACCAGUGGAGAGAGGGCACCACCAAAAGUGAGGUCUUCUAUCCAGGGGAGACAGUGGUGCACGGGCCUGGUGAAGCAACGGCUGUGGAAUGGGGACCAAACACAUGGAUGGUGGAGUACGGCCGGGGUGUCAUCCCGUCUACCCUGGGAUUUGCACUGGCUGACACUGUCUUCAGCACCCAGGACUUCCUCACCCUCUUCUAUACCCUUCGAGUCUAUGCCCGGGCCCUCCAGCUUGAACUCACCACCUACCUCUUCGGCCAAGACCCUUGACCAGCCAGGCCUUGAAGGAAGACUUGUGGCAACAGGAGUGGGCAGUUCCACAUACAUCCACUAACUGGAGCCCAUGUGCAUAGGCAGGGACCCACUCAUACCAUGCCAAUACUGAGUUCCUGCUGUGCUAGGAAGGACAUAUAUGCUUACACAUUCAGACCCAUGGGAACAAUUUGGACAUACAGAUGCCAAGACCUGAAUCUACUGCAGGAUCAUGCACUCAUGUCCAUCCAGAGAAGUGGUCCCCAGUAUACCAAGGGGGCCAGUCAUGUCUGAACACAUUUCACAAGCUUGACUCACUAACUCAGGCCUUCCAGAGCUUUCUACCUGCAGUUAGGGCUCUGGAGUUAAUGAGGGUGGGUUUCACCCUGAGUCUAACUCCUCAGCCUUGCUGUAGUGGGAGUAGGUAGGGGAGCUUCCCUUUAGAGGCCCCCUUCCCUGUGGCUAUGACACCCCUUCCCUUUAUUCCCUGUCAUCACCAUAUGCCUUAUCCCCAUUCCAUUCCCUUGCUAUGCAAGUGCCCUUGUGGCUCAUCCCCUGCCCUUUCAGCCAGUAAGUCAGCUGGGGAACCAGAGGAAUGUAGAGAGUCCUCAAGUGAAGCUCUUCCAUCCCUGAAAGACCCUCCCUCAUGCCUCCCUUGGGGGUGUGGUGGGAAAGUUGGCCUCCACCAUGGCUCCAAGGGUCCACCCCUGGCUUAGAGAAGGCUUUUUCAAUGCGUGUGUACACACCCUAUCACAGUUUCCAGACACUGCCCCUCUUGCAUUCCCUGCCCAUCUGUCUCUUAAUAAAGACUUGUCAAACAGUUCC